AUAAAAUGAUUGGACCAGUGAACAUCCAGCCAGUCAAGCCACUCCCCCCUGAUCUACAGCAGUUGAUGGACAGUUCUGGUGAUGACGGGGCCAUCAUCGUGUCUUUUGGAUCCAAUGUUGCGUCGAUGUCCAAAGAAAAAGUCGAUAUCAUGGCUGAAGCGUUUGGUAGAUUAAAACAAAAAGUGAUUUGGAGGCUUAAAGGAUACAUCCCACCGUCUCUCAGCUCCAACAUCAAACCUGUGUCCUGGUUACCACAGAGUGACUUGUUGUCCCACAAAAAACUUCGCUUGUUUGUGUCUCACGUUGGCCAAAACAGUCUCUACGAGGCAGCGUAUCGCGGAGUUCCAUUGGUUGCGAUUCCAUUGUUUGGGGAUCAGCCUGAUAACGCUAAAUUGUUGGAGUUUAGAGGAUUUGGCCUCUCUCUUGAUUACCAAAAGCUAACCGCUGAUGACAUGCAGAGUACUAUAGAACGUGUUCUUAAGGACGCAAGUUUCCGUGAAAACGCUCAGCGCAUUUCACGCCUGAUGCAAGACCGUCCACGUAGCCCGGUCCAGGAGGCUGGUGACUGGAUAGAGUACGCCCUUAGACACGAGAGUCUUGCACAUCUUCGUCCGUACUCUGGUCAACUUGCGUGGUACCAGUAUUUCCUGGUAGAUGUAGCAGUGUUCCUGGUCUUGGUAGUUUUGGUGGUGAUUAUGGUGAUAAAGUACGCAAUUCGAUUGAUGUGCUGGGUUUGCUGUCGACGUGACAAGAAACAGAAAACUCAAUAAUCAUUUCAUUAAUAACAACUGGUCUUAAACAGUUGAAUUGUGAGUAAAGUAAAGAUCUGAAGUAAAGA